AAGACAGUUAAGAGCUACGUUUACUUAAAGCAACAACAUGAAAUUCCUUGUGACUUUUGCAGCCAUCAUCCUAUGCGCCAACGCAUACAGAGUACGAGUCGUCGACUCCAUCUCAUCGGCUUCAAGUGAGGAGCUACUGAUUACACCUGGCGGCCAGCCUCAACCAAUCAUACCAGUGCCAGAUUCAAUUUCUUCUGUAUCUAGUAGCGAGGAAGUUAUUCUAUUGCCGCCUGGUGGUCCAUCGCCUUUACCAGGAGUAGGUGUCGUCUCGCCGUCCGUUCUACAAGCCGUGAAGGUUAAGGCGCCUAAGUAUGGCAAUGUUUUGGAUACCAAACGCAUACUCGCACAAGUCUUUAGACCACAAGAGGCCACUGCACAAGGCGCGCGCGUUUAUGGUUAAGUUGAGACACAGGAAUAUCGACAGUGAUCAUUUGAUGAACUCAGGCAAUGGAAAAUGGGCGGCUGGAAGCUAGGUAAAACAAAGUUCAGCAAAUUGGAACGAAAUAUGUGUUAGAUUAAGAAAUUCAUGUGAUCACAUAUGGAUUUACCUUUUCACUUUCAACUAAAAUGUUUCCUUAGAUAGGGAAGUUUCUUCUCAAAAACCAAACUCGCACUAAAUUAUGUAAAUAAAAUUAUAAGUUUUGAAAUUGU